AUGGUGAAAACCGCCCAGCACAUCACUGGCACCCCGCUCCCUGCCAUCGUAGACCUCCAGCUCAAGCGGUGUCUGCGUAGGGCACGUGGCAUCAUCAGGGAUCCUUCACAUCCAUGCCACAAACUGUUUGCCCUCUUACCAUCAGGCAGGCUGUUAGUUAGUAAUUUACCAGUUAUGUCCUAUGACAGGUACAUUUCUAUUUGUUAUCCCCUACGAUAUAAUAGUAUUAUGACACCUAAAAUAAUUUGUGGCUUAAUUCUGCUGUCCUGGUUGUCUUCUUUUUUCUUCAUCGCCAUCAUUAUCUCCCUGAGUUUGCGACUGCAAUUUUGUGGUAACAUUCUAGACAGACUGUAUUGUGAUAACUACUCAGUAGUCAAGCUUGCCUGUUCAAAUACUAUGCUGAAUAAUAUAUGGGGUCUUCUUGUCACUGCGGUUUAUGUUUCUUGUACUAUAUUUCCUACCAUAUACUCAUAUGUCAGAAUUCUACAAAUAUGUUUAAGUCUUCAAAAAAAGACAAAACAGAAAGCAUUUAACACUUGCACACCACAUAUAGCCUCUAUGCUGAACUUCUUCUUUGGCUGGUUAUUUGUGAUUCUACAAGGCAGAUAUGAAACGGAAGAUCUUCCACCCAUACUUCGCACUAUUUUAUUUGUUUAUUUUCUGAUAUGUCCACCAAUUUUCAAUCCUUUCAUGUAUGGCAUUAGGAUGGUUAAAAUCAGGCAUGCUUGUAACAAGGUACUAGGCCUUAACCAUGAAACAUAA